AUGUCGAACGGUAGCGUAGCGAGUGCUGGGAAGUCUCCCAAGAGAAAAAGUAAUGCUCCUGGUGGUGAGGGGGCGAGCUGCGGUAAGUGUCAUGAAGUCGAUACCAGUCGGAUGGUGCAAUGCGAUGAGUGCGACGUCUGGUAUCAUUAUGAUUGCGUGAACGUGGACGACAGUAUCCAGCAUGAUGAUUGGAGCUGUAACGCAUGCGUACGGAGAUCAUUGGAUAAGCAGAGACAUGCUUUGAGUGAGAAGUUGGAGCGCUUUGAACAGCAACAGAAGCAGUGGCAACAAGAGCAACAAAAACGCCUACAGCAGACUGACGAACAACAAAAGCAUAUUGAGCAGCGGCAGAAACCAGAAGAGUGGCAGCUGCGAAUGCAGGAGCAGUUCGAUCAGUUGCAGAAGGGGAUGUUGCAGUUGCAGCAGCAGAGUUCGCUGUCGGGAGAUGCUGCAACGAGACUUGAAGUACCUUCGAGAUUGCUUGGUGCGAUUCCGAAGCAGUUACAGCAUCAGGUCAAAUUUGUGGAGAAGGUUGUUCCAAAAGGGUUCAUAGCGGAUGAACAGUGCAACACAGAACCGCCGGCAAGCUCGAGCGGCAAUAAUGAGAGAACAUCCGACAGUAGUGACAAGGCAUCUUCGAAGUUAUCAAGACGCUCAGCGAAAUUACGGGAACUGCAAGUGAAGGCCCUGGAAGCGAGACAAGCGUUGGAAAUAAGGCAGCUAGAAGAGCGACUGGCGUUUGAGUAUGAGAUGUUGGAGGUCACUGAUUCCGAGGUAGAGUCGAUUACGAGUUUUGACAAGAUCAACGAGUGGCUGGAGAAAACGGACAACGUAGGGAAGGGUGUAGGAAAUUCUAUAAAUGGAACACCUCUGCCGGUGUAUGACGAAUCUCUGCGAAAACCGGUGGUGUCUUCAACCCAACCGUGCCUCACUAGCAGCUGCGGCCCAGUUCCACCAUCUAGUCUUCAGCAACCUGUGGGGAAUCCUACUUCGUUUCAGCCACGCGUCUUUGAGCAUUUUGGUGGAAGUUACGGUCAUGGUGGCAGGUACAUCGAGCAGCCUCGACCUGGCGAAAACUUUCCAAGAGCAACAGCGAGUCAUCAUCCAACAUUUGGCGGAUAUUCAGCACCAGUAUCCAGUCAACCGUCGGCCCCAGUCUACACUAUACCGUCACAGCAGCCGGUAAUGACGACAGCUAAUCCGGCAAUGAGCUAUCCGUACCUAGGCGCUCAGAACUUCCAGAAUAUAGCGGGCAUGUCUCAAAACAUUGGACAACCACCGAUGGUAACGUCAACCCCGCGGCAACAGUAUCAGCAACAACCAUGUAGUGAUCCUGUACUGCUAAACAGAGACCAUUUAGCAGCAAGACAGACGGUAAAAGAUCUGCCGAAGUUCGGUGGAGAUCCAGAAGAUUGGCCACGUUUCAUCGCGGCGUACGAGCGAACUGUCAGGAUGUGUGCCUUUAGGAACGAUGAGUUACUCGAUCGUCUCGAAAGGAGCCUGCACGAUAAGGCACUCAAUGCUGUUAAAAGCCUCCUCCUACAUCCCGAUAACGUUCCAGUCAUAAUCAAUCGGCUGAAAAUACUGUUCGGCAACCCGGAGUCUAUCGUUGAGACAAUGGUUCGGAGAAUUCGGACGAUGCCGCCUCCGAAGGCUGAUAAACUGGAAACUAUUGUUGACUUCGGCGUGGCAGUUCAGAAUUUGUGUGCAACUAUACAAGUGUGCGAAAUGGACGAACGGUUGUACAAUGUCGCUUUGCUGCAGGAGCUUGUAGAUAAUUUACCGUCAGCGUUGAAAAUGAAAUGGGCAUUUCACCGUAAGGAGAAGGGCGCUGCCACACUGGUUGAUUUCAACGAUUGGCUCGGAGACAUGGUGGAGGCGUUCAGUCAGGUGAUCAGACCGGCUGUGUGGACUAAAUCACAGAAGUUGGAGAACAAGCCGGAGAGGAAAGGUCGGAAAGAAGAAGCGUAUAUACAUGUGCAUUCUACGCACUCACCGGAGCAGGUGGACCGCAAAGCUUGCCUAGCGUGCAGAAAUGAGUGCAGUUCCCUCGACAAGUGCAGUAGUUUUCUCAAGAUGACACCGAAUGCACGAUGGGCGUUGGUAAAUGAGAAGAAGAUCUGUCGGAAAUGUCUAACUAAGCACUUUAAAACUUGUGAGAGGAAGGUUCCAUGCAAUCGGAACGGGUGCAGCUUCCUACAUCACCAGCUAUUGCAUGAUGACAGUAAACACAAGAAACAGACGUCAAUCAUUCCAGCACAGAUCGCAUCUUGUAACACGCAUCAUAGUUCGCUGGGAGGAGUUCUGUUGAAGUACAUUCGUGUCACGGUGCAUGGCAAGGGUAAAUCGAUCACGACGUACGCAUUCCUCGACGCAGGAUCGACCUCGACGUUAAUGGAGCACAGCUUGUGGGAGGAAUUGAAUCUGAACGGUGAGAAAUCUCCAUUGUGCAUGUCAUGGACUGGCGGACAAAGAAGAUACGAAGAAGACUCGGUGAAAUUCUCCGCCGAGAUCGCAGGUGCUCAGACUCCCGGCCAAAGUUUCCAGCUUUCGGAAGUGCACACGGUGCGAAACCUAGACCUUCCUCCACAGUCAAUGUCGGUGAAGGAUCUAGCGAAACAUUUCCAGCAUCUGUCGGGCCUGCCAAUCGAAUCGUACGUCGCAGUCAAACCACGCAUUUUGUUGGGUGUCGACAACGCUAGGUUGGAGUAUCCGUUCGAUUCCAGAGAAGGGAGUGAGAAUCAGCCGACCGCGGUACUAACACGGCUAGGGUGGUUGGUAUACGGUCCGUGCUCGGUGUCAGAGCAAACGAUGGCGAAAAAAGACGUGACCUACAGUUACCAUAUCUGUCAGUGUGAUGGGCUUCAUUCUGCAGUCAAAAAUUACUUUUCUCUGGACAGCCUCGGGGUUCAACUUGCUGGGAAACCGCUGAUGUCGAAGGACGACGAACGAGCGAUGAUGUUGCUGCAGACAAACACGAUUCUCCAGAAUAAGAGAUACGAGACUGGCCUACUGUGGCGUUAUGAAGAAGUCCGGCUACCGGAGAGCAAAGGCAUGGCCCUGAAGCGACAUGACUGUUUGAGUAAACGCAUGGUUCGAGAACCUGCGCUAUGUAAAGCUCUUCAGGAAAAAAUACUGGAUUACCGAACGAAAGGAUAUAUCCGCAAGCUUUCGGCGCAGGAAGAAGCAACGUACACUGGACGCUCGUGGUAUCUGCCGAUCUUUCCAGUGGUUAACCCCAACAAACCCGGCAAGCUCCGUAUUGUCUGGGAUGCCGCCGCCAAAGUGGGUAACCUCUCGUUGAAUUCAUUUCUGCUAAAAGGUCCUGACCAAGUCACGCCCCUUCCACAUGUCCUUCAGCGGUUUCGUGAAUAUCGUACGGCUGUGUCAGGGGAUGUUCGUGAAAUGUUUCAUCAAGUGCGGAUGAGACCCAAAGACCAGCAUUGCCAGCGAUUCCUGUGGGAUGAUGACGUUCCCGGAGAAGGUCCUUCGACUUACGUGAUGGAGGUGAUGACAUUCGGUGCCAGCUGUUCACCUAGUAGUGCACAGUACGUUAUGAAGCGAAAUGCAGAACGAUUCAGGACUCUAUUUCCGGAAGCGGUGGAGGCAAUAUGCAAAGGAACGUAUGUGGACGAUAUGCUCAGCAGUGUCGAAUCUGAAGCAGAGGCGGUAAAGCUCGCGCAAAAUGUGCGAUACAUACAUGCAGAAGGUGGGUUCGAAAUCCGAGGAUGGCUGUCAAACUCCAAGAAAGUAGUAGAUUCCAUGGGCGAGCAGAGAGCUCCUGAAAAGGAUCUAAACAAGACCGGAGAGUUGGUGACCGAGAAAGUUCUAGGGAUGUGGUGGAAUACGAUCAACGACACGUUAACGUUCAAAAUCCCGAACCGAUGCAGACAGGAGCUGUUAUCCGGAGAGCAAGUUCCCACGAAGCGGGAAGUUCUGCGGAUUCUCAUGUCAGUCUACGACCCGCUAGGACUUCUUGCCAACGUAUUGAUGUACCUGAAGGUUUUGCUGCAAGAGAUCUGGCGCUCUAAUAUUGGUUGGGACGAGCCGAUACCCGACCAGCAGCUGGAAAAGUGGAGAACAUGGCUCAGUGUAUUGAACAAGGUGAAUACAGUUUCCGUUCCUCGGUGCUAUCGCACGAUGACAACUUCGUCCAGUGAGUUCAACGAAAUUCAACUACACGUCUUCGUAGACGCGAGCGAGAAUGGCUACGCUGCGGUUGCUUACUUCCGUUUCGAAGAGGACAGCACAGUUGAGUGCGCCUUCGUUGAAGCGAAAACUCGGGUCGCUCCUUUAAAAUACGUCUCGAUACCUCGACUAGAGCUACAAGCAGCGGUGAUCGGAACCCGGCUGGCGAAGUCUAUAGGAGAAACCCAUCGCAUUGGAAUCCGAAAACGGUUCUUCUGGACCGACUCAAGGGACGUGCUCUGCUGGUUACGAUCCGAUCACAGGAGGUACAGCAAAUUCGUCGGUGCUAGAGUUGGCGAAAUUUUGGAAAGCACUGAACAGGCAGAGUGGCUCUGGGUACCAACAAAGCAGAACGUGGCCGAUGAUGGCACUAAGUGGCAGCGGACUCCCGACCUAUCACCAUCAAGCCGUUGGUUCAAGGGACCAGCAUUUCUGUGGGAACAGCGGAGCGCUUGGCCUGUUCAGCCGGCAAACCAUGGAGAAACCACCUCCGAAAUGAAAGUUUCGGUCAACAUCCACGUAGCCGGCGAACCCGUUCUUAACUUCGCUAAAUACUCCAACUGGCGUAAACUUCUACAGGUCUCCGCGUACGUUCUCAGAUUCAUGAAAAACCUUCGAGCUAGACUACAGCGUCAACCACCAUCUACCGGAAUCCUCAAUCAAUCGGAGCUAUUUGAAGCGGAAUGUUGCAUUUACCGACAAGCCCAGCUAGAAACGUUCGGUGAGGAAGUAUCGUCGCUGAUCUGUCACAAGGAGGCAAGCGAGAAGAAGGUGAUUCCUAUUCUUAAAAGUAGUUCACUCUACAAACUUUCGCCGUUCCUUGAUGACUACGGAGUACUUCGUAUGCAAGGAAGAACUGCUGCCUGUCAAUUCAUCGAUUCAGAUGCUGCCCAUCCUAUCGUGCUGCCAAAGAAGCAUCCGGUUACGACACUCGUCGUACAAUUUGUCCACCAACGCUAUCACCAUCUCAACCAUGAAAGCAUCGUCAACGAACUACGACAAAAGUAUCGGAUCCCGCAGCUACGAAGUGUGUGCAACAAAGUCCGUCGACAGUGUCAGUUCUGCAAGAACGCCCGAGCUCAACCGCAGCCGCCGAUCAUGGCUGAUCUUCCAUCGGCUCGUCUAGCAGCUUAUUCCCGACCGUUCUCUUAUGUCGGGAUCGACUACUUCGGACCAAUGCAAGUCGUCGUUGGUAGACGAACUGAAAAGAGGUGGGGCGUGUUGAUUACAUGCCUAGUGGUACGUGCCAUCCACAUUGAAAUUGCACAUUCUCUCAACACUAGCUCCUGCAUCAUGGCAAUACGGAACUUCGUGGCCAGACGAGGCUCUCCUUUGGAAUUCUUCAGCGACAGGGGAACGAAUUUCGUCAGUGCCAAGCGGGAACUAACCGAAGCGUUCCGGUCUCUCGAUCAAAAUAAGCUUAUGCAGGAAUUCGUGACACCAGAUACCAAGUGGACCUUCUUGCCUCCGAGCAGUCCGCACAUGGGUGGAAGCUGGGAGAGACUGGUGCAGUCAGUGAAAAAGGUUUUGAAUAACAUGCAGCUUCCAAGAUCUCCCACCGACGAAGUCCUUCGGAACAGCUUGCUGGAGGUGGAAAAUAUUAUUAAUUCGCGCCCCCUCACAUACGUGCCUAUCGAAGACGGUGAAAACGAAGCUCUAACUCCCAAUCAUUUCUUGUUGGGUUCGUCCAAUGGUUCGAAACCUCUCGUGCCAUACAACGACAGCAUCGCUACGCUAACCAACACUUGGAAAACUUCUCAAAUCUACGCCAACCACUUUUGGAAAAGAUGGUUACGGGAGUACCUGCCGUCAAUAUGCCGUCGGACAAAAUGGCAUUAUCCGGUGAAACCAAUCCAGAUCGACGACGUUGUGAUAAUCGUGGAUCCGGAUUUACCACGAAACUCGUGGCCAAAAGGACGCGUUGUAGACGUCAAAUGUAAGGACGGACAAGUACGAAGCGCAACGGUGAAAACUACACUCAACAUAUACGAACGACCUGUGGUAAAACUUGCAGUUCUGGACGUCGGCGCAAAUUCGAGUAAGCAGGAACCAGGACCCUGCGUACUGGGGGGGAGUGUUACGCAAUAUGCGAACGCGCCUCCGCUGUCAGCAGAACCCCAUCGGAACACACCGCCACUGGUACGAUUCGGUGGAAUGGAGAGCCGUCAAAAGGCGAAGAAUAUACAACACCAGCAGAAGUAA